CUGGCACCGUUUUGACGUCGCGACGUCUAUGAGGCAGACAAUUUUCUGCAGAGGGACGACAUGAACAUAAAGGCCAGCAGUUGUUGAACUGAAAACAUGUCCAAGAAAAGGGGCAGGAAACGCAGCAGUGGAGAACUGAACGACUCGCUCUCCCCCGACCCCAACAGCCUACUGGGUAAGAGGAUCCAGCACAGCUGGAGGGAGAAGGGCGCGCUCACUAAAUGGAAAGGCACGGUGCUGGACCGGCUCAGCGUCAACCCGUCACUCUUCAUGGUCAAAUACGAUGGCUUUGACUGUGUCUACGGCAUCGAGCUGUUCAAAGACGAGCGUGUGUCCAACCUGCAGGUGCUCACUGAGAAAAUUGUGAACAAUAAGAUAAAGGUGCCUCAUGACCCGGAGGAGCUGGUGGGGAAAGCAGUGGAGCAUCUGUUUGAGAAAGAGGACGGAGAAAAGAACGAGUGGAGAGGGAUGGUGCUGUCUCGUGCCCCCAUCAUGACUAACUGGUAUUACAUCACCUAUGAGAAGGACCCAGUGCUGUACAUGUACCAGCUGUGGGACGACUACAAGGAAGGCGACCUUCGCAUUUUACCUGAAGCAGAGAACAAGCACCUGCUGCCUGCUGACAGGAAGCCUGGCGAGGAGACCGAGAGCCUUGUGGGUAAGCAGGUUGAAUAUGUUACUGACAAAGGAGUGAAGAGAACCGGGCUGGUCAUCUACCAAGUCCCUGCCAAGCCCUCCGUCUACUACAUCAAAUACGACGACGAUUUCCACAUUCACGUCUACGACCUGGUCAAGACCACCUAAAAUAACAAGAACGCAGCAUACGAAGACAAAACUCACCAUCACCUCUCCAUAGCGUAAUCUCGUCGCCUCUCAUUGUACUCUCUCUCCACUGUGUGCUGCUGUGGAGGGGUAGAAUGGUACAGAUGUUUGUGGUUUUGUUCAUUCGCGUGUGUCAUAUUCGUGGACGUCACGUCAUCGACGCAAGAUUAGAGAACAAAGCUUGAAAGCCUCAAUGAGGGAUUUUUUGCGCUGGGUUGUCGAGUUGUCUUCUAGCGGGUCUUGGGGUGAAAAGGAAGGCAGUUAGAGCAAUUCCUGAUUGGGGCUUAAACAGUUUAAAACGGGGAAGCAGGUGUAUCUUGAGAUAUACAGUGUAUUUAUUGACAUUUAAUUAUUUUUACAACAUUUUCGUGAUAGUCAUGAGCCGUAUAAAGACCGACCACAGUUUUUGACAAGACAGAAUAGUCAGAGUAAUGAAGAAUACUUCCAGAAUGAGGCUUUUGUAUAAAAAAAGAAAGGAAAAAAAAGUCAAGGCGACUAUUUAUUUUUUGCUUCCUGUUAUUCUUGCAAAAGUUUUCAGUUACAGUUCAUUAACUACUGUGAAUGUAGCUCUUUUCAGUUGAAUUGCAGUUUUUUGUAAUCUUCCACUAAAAAUGAGCCUGAAUCCAAGAUGGCUGCGCUUCCCAUAAAAGCUUCCCAUAAGAGCAGUAAAAAUGCUGUCUGGACACAUUCUUUGGAGAAAUUAGAGUUAAAAGACUGAAAUCAAGGCUUGGUGUGAUUAUUUGAAUUCACUCUACGUGUAAUUUAAGUUUUGUUUUUUGUUUUUUUAAAUUUAAAGUUUGUAAAGUUUUUCUGAAGAAUAUAUGAGCUUAUUUCCCCAGUGAAAUAAUUCCAGAUUCAUUUGUACUUUGUUUUUUGAGAGGCGUAAAAUAUUCAGCACGCAAAAUUGUCUAUAUUAUGUUGUCAGAAUAUAUGUGUAUAUAUAAUAUACACAUAAGGAGGCUCUUUUGUUGUUUUCAUGCCUCCUGAUCGACAGGAUUUUAAUGCUUUUUUUUUUUUUUUUUAAAUGGCUCUACAUUAAAAAUUGAGGUUUUAUUAAAGUAUAUUGUUUAAUUCAUCCAGUGAUUACUGCGUAACCAUAUAACAUUUAAAUUGUAAACUUAAUGUUCUCUGUAGUCGGGUGGGAUCAUAAUGGGGCUGUCUACCUCAGUGUCCCCACUUUAAUUUGACGUUUAAUUUAAAACAAAUCUAUCCAGCAGGCUGGAUCUUCAGGAAGAAACUAUCAGACUGAAAAAUCAUGCUGAAAUUAAAAUGAAUUGACAGGAUGUAUCGGGGGUAACUAUAUGAUGUACUAUAAUGAGUUAAUCUCGAAUAGUUGUCUUGAUUCGAAUGGCGCGUUUUACUUUUUCUCAACACGGCGGAUCCGAAUAUAACACAUUGGGAUAGAAACAUGAUAAAGGAAAAAGCUGAAGAAGUACUAUUGUACGCAUCAGCUCUGACUAGUCGUAUUUUAUGUGGGUCAUUCGGAAUAUUGGACUUAACAACGAAGUUACAAUGUCACAUUUCAUUAAAGAUUAACCAAGAAUCUGCCAAACCAGCAUCACGUAGUUGUGAUGCUGCUUUUGCACAGUGUCUUGCAAAAGUACGUAUUCAUCCCCCUUGGUGUUUGUCCUGUUUUGUCGCAUUACAAGCUGAAAUUAAAAUGGAUUUUUGGAGGGUUAGCACCAUUUGAUUUACACAACAUGCCUACAGUUUUAAAGGUGCAAAUUGUUGUUUUAUUGUAACACAGACAAUAAUUAAGAUGAAAAAACAGAAACCUGGAGUUAAAAGGUAUUCACCCCUUUUCGUAUGAAGCCCCUAAAUAAGAGCUGGUCCAACCAAUUCACUUCAUAAGUCACAUAAUUAGUUGGUUAAGAUCCACCUGUGUGCAGUCAGUGUCGCAUGAUCUGUCACAUGAUGUCUGUAUAAACCAGCCUGUUCUGGAAGGACCCUGACUCUGCAACACUACUAAGCAAGCAACAUGAAAACCAAGGAGCCUCCAAACAGGUCAAAGACAAAGUUGUGGAGAAGGUUGGGUUAUAAAAAAUAUCCCAAACUUUGAAUAUCCCAGGGAGCACCAUUAAAUCCAUUAUAGCAAAGUGGAAAGAAUAUGGAACCGCUACAAACCGGACAAGAGACGGCCGCCCACCAAAACUCUCAGACCGGACAAGGAGGGCAUUAAUCAGUGAUGCAACAAAGACAUCAAAGAUGAUACUGAAAGAGCUGCAGAGAUCCACAGCGGAGAUGGGAGGCUCUGUCCAUAGGACCACUUUAAGCCAUACACUCGACAGAGUGGGGCUUUAUGGAAGAGUGGCCAGAAAAAAAGCCAUUGGUUAAGAAAACACAUUUGAAGUUUGCCCAACAGCAUGUGGCAGACUCACCAAGCACAUGGAAGACGAUUCUCUGGUCAAAUAGACUAAAAUUGAUCUUUUUGGCCAUCAUGGGAAAUGCCAUGUGUGGUGCAAACCCAACACCCUUGAAGCAUGGUGGUGGCAGCAUCAUGCUGUGGGGAUAUUUUUCAUCUGCAGGGCCAGGAAAGCUGGUCAGGACUGAAGGAAAGAUGGAUGGCGCUAAAUACAGGACAUUUUGGAGGAAAACCGGUUUGAGUCAGCCAGAUUUGAGAUUGGGACGAAGGUUCACAUUCCAGCAGGACAAUGACCCUAAACAUACUGCUAAAGCUACACUGGAGUGGUUUAAAGGGAAACAUUUAAAUGACUUGGAAUGGCCUAGUCAAAGCCCAGACCUCAAUCCAAUUGAGAAUCUGUGGCAUAACUUGAAGAUUGCUGUACACCAAUACAACCCAUCUAACUUGAGGAAUUGGAGCAGUUUUGCCUUGAGGAAUGGGCAAAAAUCCCAGUGGCUAGAUAUGCGAAGCUAAUAAAGGCAUACCCAAGAGACUUGCAGCUGUAAUUGCAGCAAAAUGUGGCUCUACAAAGUAUUGACUUCGGGGGUGGUGGUGAAUACCUAUGCACACUCCAGAUUUCUGUUUUUUCAUCUUGAUUAUUGUUUGUGUCACAAUAAAAAAAAUUUACCAUUAAAGUGGUAGGCAU